AUCGGCUACAAGCAACAUGGGCACGUUUGUGAUGUGAUUCUAAUAUUCGCUUAUAUAUAACGUAUAUUGUUUUUCAAAGCCAAAAUACAUUAUUGGUUCCGCGUGUGUUGCUGUCAAGUCGAAGUCGAUUCAUCCUUAAUAUUCGCUUACGAAAUGUCUAAAUCGGCACUUCUAACCCUUCAUCAAGCUUUGAGGAGAGGCUUCUGUAGUCUGGAAAGCAACCAACAACUGUGGACGAGCGUGUUGGCUGACUGCGUCCCUCUGGUGUCGUCCCUGGAGAACUUGACAGAGCAGUCGAGGGCGCUUUCCAACGUCCAGAUCUCCAACACGCCGCUGAAAGACUUUCCAGACCUGGAGGAGCUGCUGCGUUUCAAGAUCCUGCAAGCCAUGGAUACAGUGCUGUGCAAACUCCACGAGAAGAUGGCUUCACUCCAGUCGGUGAGAGAUGCCAUUAGCAACCAGGUCUCAACCGUCGUCCAGUUGUACGAGCAGAAUGCAGACAGCCUGGAUCUUCCGACCGUGACCGAGCGCUCGGCCGCCAUCCCAUCAGUCGUUGACAUGCUGGAGUGGCUGCAGGAUGCAGAACGUCACUACCAACGGCAAUUCUUGAGAAGGAAGACUCUUCUACACACACUAAGUACAGACAACCUCUCCCUUGUGGAAUCUUCCACCAAAAAAUGGAAAGACAUGGACACUCCCAGUGCGGAGGAUCACAUCACAGAUACACUUUGCAAAGUGUUCUUCUUUAUGGAGUCUUGCUAGGUGGAAGAAAAUGGACGGAAGUGGAACACGCACACUGACUGAACUGGAAUGAAGAAAAAGUGUUAAAAGGAAUAUCCUGUACUUGUGAGCCUCACAUGGACUAUAAAAAUGUGUUUUUUUUUAAGACCUGAUAGACAAAGCUCCUCCUGAGCUGCUACCUUAUUGUGGCUGAGGAGUUUGCGUGUCCAGAUGAUCCCAGGAGUUAAGUUGUCGGGGGGGUUUUAUGCCCCUGGAAGCGCCACCCAAGACAAACAGCUCCUAGGUGAGGGACCAGACAAAACAUAGCACAAAUUAGACCCUUACGAUGAGUAAAAAUAUUGGAUCAAGGUUUCCCUGGUGGCUGGGCCUACACCCAACACGGGUCCCCCUUCCAAUGAGAUCAAAGUGGAGACCCAGAACACGUUUAAGAGACUGUGUCUCUCUGGGAAUGUCUCGGGAGGAGCUGGACGAAGUCGCCGUUGAGGGGGGGAAGUCUGGGCUUCCCUGCUUAGGCUGCUGUCCCCGCCACCCGACCUCGGGUAAGCGGAAGAAGACGGAUGGAUGGACGGACAAAGUUCCCAUAUGUUUGGGUACCUCACACACAAUGAUCAGAACAGUUGCAGUAGACACACCUAAACAAAACGGAUUUAUUUCAAAGUGUAUGGAAAGUAAGUUGUCGUAAAACAAGCCAUCAUACAGUUUUUUGUUGUGAUGUAACAGGCACUAUGUUAAAUCAUGAAGACAAGCCGAUUAAAUACAUCAAUCAGGCAAAAAAUGGAUGAAUUCAAAUAUUAAUCACGGUAACUUGAAUGUGCUCUCCCCCUACACAUACUCUUUAAGUGGCAGACUGGUGGAUGUGAUGGUUUUUGGUAGAGUCGGAGCAGAAGCAGGCGAAUUAGCAAAGCUGCGGCCUAUGUAGCCCCUCCGGUACCCGCCGCCCCUCUCCGUCAGGGGACACGUGCUGCUCAACACGGCUCCACUGAUCAUCAGAAUAACCGCAGCGGCCCAGCCCAGGUAAAUAGCCUGACCCAGCUCUCGUUUGUGCAUCACGGGCACGUUGGGGUUGUAGAAAUCCUGGACGACUGUGUUAGCGGUCCAGGAAACGGGAACGAGAACACACAGGCCCGUCAGGAUGAAAAGAAUCCCGCCGGAGAGCGCGAUUGCCGCCUUGGCUUGGCGGUCAUCCCCGGCGCAGGUGGUGCACUUCAUGCCGCAGCAGGACACGGUGCAGGAGAGCCAACCCAUGAAAAUGGCCAAACACAUGAGGGCACGUGCGGCCUGGAUGUCUGGCGGCAAGGCCAGCAUGGAGUCGUACGUCUUACACUGCAUGUGACCUGUGGUUUGGUAGAUGCAGCUCAUCCAGAUGCCCUCCCAUUUGAUUUCUGACGUCAGGAUGUUGCUGCCGAUAAAGGCCGACACCUUCCACUGGGGCAAGGCGGUGACGGCUAUGGCCAUGAUCCAGCCGGUCACGGCACAGGUGAAGCUGAUCAGUUGCAGGCCAGUGUUCACCAUGGUGACACCAAGGGAUGAAACUUGGUUUAAGUCCACUUUUUUGGGGCGACGGCUUCUCCGCUCGCUGCGUUCUUCCCGGAUGAAUUGCUCCCACUUUCUCCUGCUAACAGACCCACUCACUUUCUCAUUCCUGAGCUCGACUCAAUGCAUUAUUGAGCAGCCGGUAGCUGUGCAGCCACCUGUGACCAGUUGCAGCCAAGUCCAGGUCUCGCGUCUUGAAAUGGAAUCCGGUAUUCCAAGUUUUAACAGCAACACGCGUCACCCUCACCUUGAUCGGUCAGAGCGAAAAUGAGAAAAGAUCUUGCAAAAAAAAAAAGAACCCAUCUCCAGUAAAUCCAUUGGACGCUGUGGACAACAAGCACUCAGGGAUCCGAGCCUUGAUGAAGCCACUUCAGCUGCUUGGCUUUACCCUUCCCCCCCGCUUACAGGAGGCGCUUCUGUCUUCCAAACUGAAAGAGCAGCACUGAACACCCCCAAAAACACAGAUGCUGGGGGUGGGAGGAGAGUAGAAGGGGGUAACAAAAGGGAGGCAGGAAUAGAUAGAUGGGCAUAGAGCGGUUACCAUAGGUGGAUCAGUUAACACAAAGACAACAUAAUGGGGGGCCUCCACAACGGGGAUUACACACGGUUUUACCCUGUACAUUGUUCAUUAAAGAGGAGCUUUUCACUUUCCCUUUUCUAGGACAAAGCCAUAACAGUCACCCAGGAGGCGAUGUCUUUGUUUUGGUUGAAUAGAUUGUUUAUUGUGAAAUAUAAUCGCAUUUAAAGCAACGGCCUUCUAUCUCACCUGCAUUAUGUACUCUAAACCUCAACAUCCUAAUGAAUUAAACAUCAUGGCACCAAGAUCUGUGUUUCAGGUUUCCUUUCUCCUGUACCUCUGCUCACCUAGGUAACGGUGGUCAUGGCAACAACUUGGGACACCGGAAGCAGGCCGGGAACGCAGGGGUGG